AUGAACAAAGUUUAUGGUGACGAGCCCCCAUCAUACGACGUAGUCAAGCACUGGCGUCGUCAGUUCAAAUAUGGCGGGACAUCGGUCGAAAUUUCUCCCAUUCGCAGACGACCACAUUCUGCUAUUGAUAGCGACACCGUAUAUAAAGUGGAAGCCACAAUUUUGGAGGAUUGCCGCAUAACUUUUCGGCAACUAGCCCAAGAAUUGAAGAUAACAGUAGGGACCGUAGAAAAAAUAAUUCACGAUCAGUUGCUCAUGCGGAGGUUGUCUGCACGAUGGAUUCCCCGGAUGCUCACACCUUUUCAGCAGCAGGAACGUGUCAAUUGCUUCCAGGCUCUUUUGGCAAUGUACGAAGAAAACGAGGAGGACAUUUUCGGCAGAUUUAUAACACAGAGUUAUCUUUCACUAUGA